AUGUUUGUAUUCAAGGACGGGAAGGAAAUAGGUGCGUCAUUGACACUGACCGCAGACAUGUUUGUUCUCGGCAGACAGUCCUGCUACUUAUUUGGGCGCGAUCGGACUGUUGUUGAUAUACCUACAGAGCACCCUUCAUGCUCCAAACAGCAUGCUGUGAUUCAAUUUCGGCAAGUGACCAGGCGGAAUGAAUUUGGAGAUGUCCAGCGCUUUGUGAAACCGUUCUUAAUUGACCUUGACUCGGCCAAUGGAUGCUGCGUCAAUGGAGAGGAUGUCCCUCCAUCACGAUACUAUGAGCUUCGAUCUGGAGACACUUGCCAGUUCGGCGCCAGUGCACGCGAGUACGUGUUACUCGAUGAAUCCGCGGCGACGUAG